CCAACACUACUACUUACACUCUCAAUAUAUAUAUCGGUGAUCAAGAAUGAAUAUCUUUCGAAGCUAUUAUUCGGACUCACUUACUGAAUCUUCAUCACUUUCUGAUAACAGCAGCUCCCCAUGUAAUAGAGCUAAUCUUUCUGAUGGGGAAGUUUUGUUAGCUUUGAAUAACCCCAAGAAGCGAGCAGGGAGGAAGAAGUUUCGCGAAACUCGACACCCAGUAUACAGGGGAGUGAGGAAGAGGAACUCGGACAAAUGGGUUUGUGAAGUCAGACAACCAAAUAAAAAAUCAAGAAUAUGGCUUGGAACUUAUCCCACUGCAGAAAUGGCGGCUAGAGCUCAUGACGUGGCGGCAAUUGCAUUAAGGGGUCGUUCUGCUUGCUUGAACUUCGCAGACUCUGUUUGGAAGUUGCCUGUCCCUGCUUCCGCCGACGCCAAGGAUAUUCAGAGAGCGGCGGCGGAGGCCGCCGAGGCUUUCCGGCCAUCUGAGUCAGAAGCAGUUUCAGGUGACUCAUGUGGUGGCAGUGGCACUACUCCUGAAAAGCCAGAAAGUAAUCAUUGUUUUAUGGAUGAGGAAGCUCUGUUUUGCAUGCCGGGAUUGCUAGCGAGUAUGGCGGAAGGACUAAUGCUACCCCCACCUCACUACGUAGAAGUUGGAGAUUAUGUGGAAGCUGCUGCUGACAUGCAUUUAUGGAGUUAUAUUAUUUAAAUACUUCUGGUUAUUGCCUCUUUCGAAUAAUAUAUAUCAUCAUUCAUAAGUACAUAUAGUCAAUACGCAAUCAAGAUGCUUGAGGUGAAGUUCCUUCAAUUAGGAUUUAGGAGCUACUGGUAGUUUCGUACUCAAAUAUUUGGAUGGUACGAAUAUACAAUAGCGUUGUAAUUUUGUAACGAUGUCGAUAGUAAUUACGUAGUA